AUGAUCGAAGACGACUUCUACCGCGCCUCCUCCCAAUUCCGCCUCUGGUCCUUCACCGAGACCUCGCUGGCCUCGCUCCGCGCAAAGACAAACGCCAAUGCGAGCGAGAGAGUCCGCGCAGCGCUGCGUCGAGCCCGCGAGGCCCGUCAGUCGGCGACGCCCUCGGCGGCAGGGACUCCCUCCGAAGACCAGCCGCACCCCCCGGAGAUCGAAUGUCUGACCACAGAGGAAGAGCUCCUCCUCGUCCGCUACUACUGCGAGCAAAUCAUCCAACUGGGAGAGGCGUAUAAACCGCCUCUCCCGACCAUUGUCCGCGCCACCGCAAUCCAAUACCUCCGCCGCUUCUACCUCACCAACAGCCCGAUGACCUACCACCCCAAAACCAUCAUGCCGUGCGCGCUCUUCCUCGCCACAAAAACGGACAACUGCUACAUCUCGCUCCGCGACUUCGCCGCCGCCAUCCCCGGCGACGCCACAGAGGACGACAUCAUCGCCCCCGAGUUCCUCGUCAUGCAGAGCCUCCGCUGGGCCUUCGACGUCCGCCAUCCCUUCCGCGGCCUCGAAGGCGGCAUCAUGGAGCUCUCCGCCACCGCCCAGGGCCUCGCCCAGCCCGCGCCGCAUCUCUCCCACCACACGCCAGACUCGCUGCGCCAGCGCCUCCUCGCCCUCCCCGCUCCAUCGCCCGCUCCCACUCAGUCCGUCUCCGACCGCAUCGCCCGCGCCCACCACGCCACCCGCGAAACCCUCAAGUCCGCCGCCCAGAUGACCGACGCGUACUUCCUCUACACGCCCGCGCAGAUCUGGCUCGCCGCCUUCCUGAUCGCCGACCGCCCACUGGCUGAAUUCUAUCUCGAGACGAAGAUCGGUGGCGCCCCCGGCGAGGCCAUCCCGCCCCCGUUCGUGGAACUGCGCUCCAAGCUCCUCGUCACCCUCGAGAACUGCGUGCGGCUCUUGCAGUCGUAUACGUCGACGGAUUGGGCCUCCGACCCAGAGCAGAAAAAGAAUAUUCGGCGCAUCGGGAAGAAAUUGUACCACUGUCAGAAUCCGGAGAAGGUCAAUCUCGCCGGUCAGAAGCGUAUCCCCGCUGCUGCUGCCGCUGCGGCGGCGGCUGCGGCGGCAGGGUCGGGCGGCGAGGCGGGCACGUCGGAGAGCGAGAUGGAGCGGUUGGCGAAGAAGCGGAAGCUAGAGCAGCAGAAGGAGAGUAAGGAUAUAUUUGGCGGGGAAUUGGUGACGCAGCGGACAAAGGAGACACAGGGAGAUCAAUAG